AUGAAACUCCCAUCUUAUUCUCCAGAACCUCCUAUGAAACUCCCAUCUUAUUCUCCAGAACCUCCUAUGAAACUCCCAUCUUAUUCUACAGAACCUCCUAUGAAACUCCCAUCCAAUUCUCCAGAACCUCCUAUGAAACUCUCAUCUUAUUCUCCAGAACCUCCUAUGAAACUCCCAUCAUAUUCUCCAGAACCUCCUAUGAAACUCCCAUCUUAUUCUCCAGAACCUCCUAUGAAACUCUCAUCCAAUUCUCCAGAACCUCCUAUGAAACUCCCAUCUUAUUCUCCAGAACCUCCUAUGAAACUCUCAUCCAAUUCUCCAGAACCUCCUAUGAAACUCUCAUCUUAUUCUCCAGAACCUCCUAUGAAACUCCCAUCCAAUUCUCCAGAACCUCUUAUACAACUCUCAUCUUAUUCUCCAGAACCUCCUAUGAAACUCCCAUCUUAUUCUCCAGAACCUCUUAUACAACUCUCAUCUUAUUCUCCAGAACCUCCUAUGAAACUCUCAUCUUAUUCUCCAGAACCUCUUAUACAACUCUCAUCUUAUUCUCCAGAACCUCCUAUGAAACUCCCAUCUUAUUCUCCCGAACCUCUUAUACAACUCUCAUCUUAUCCUCCAGAACCUACUAUGAAACUCUCAUCUUAUUCUCCAGAACCUCUUAUACAACUCUCAUCUUAUUCUCCAGAACCUCCUAUGAAGCUCCCAUCUUAUUCUCCAGAACCUCCAGUGAAAUGCCCAUCUUAUUCUCCAGAACCUCUUAUAAAACUCCCAUCAUAUUCUCCAGAACCUCCUACGAAACUCCCAUCUUAUUCUCCAGAACCUCUUAUAAAACUCCCAUCUUAUUCUCCAGAACCUCUUAUAAAGCUUGGUUAUUAA